AUGGCCGAUCGACAUCCAAAGAGGCCAUUUACCGGCCGCCAUGACCACCAGGCCCCUCAUAAGAAGCCUCGCCAUCAAUCUCACAGCACCUCACCAUUUGCCCUGCCCGCACAUUCUGUUCCUCAAGUUAUUCUGGCUUCUGACUUACCGGUAGCACCUGAGAUUGAUGAGAAAUACUCUACCACUGUUUUCACCCAUCAGAGUGUCGCUUCAAAAGACCCCAAAUCGGGAGGAACCAACAGUUACGACCGCCUGGAGUUCUUGGGCGAUGCCUAUCUCGAAGUCAUCGCUUCGGAACUCAUAUUCGACCGCUUCAGCACUCUACCUGCUGGACGCAUGUCCCAGGUCCGUGAAUCUUUGAUCAAGAACGAAACUCUUUCUCGUCUGACUGAAGCCUACGGCUGGGAUAAGAAGAUGAAGAAUAGCCAGCAGCUUCACCGUGAGUCAGCACAAGCUUGGGUCAAGAUCAAAGGCGACGUGUUCGAGGCCUAUGUUGCUGCUGUAGUGUUAUCUCACCAAAAUGGUCUGCAAAUUGCCAAGGCAUGGCUACAAACCUUGUGGGCGUCGGCUUUGGAUUCGGUCGCUGCUCAGGUCUCGGCCCCGUCUCACAGCAAACAAGAACUUGCCAUGCGAAUUGCAGGAAAGGGAGUCAAAAUCAAUUACGUGGAUGAGAAGCCACCAAUUGUACACAAAGGACAAGGCGUCGAGACGUACUUUGUCGGUGUUUAUUUGGACGGCUGGGGAUGGGAUAAUCAGUUUUUGGGCAGUGGGAAGGGAUUGAGCAGAAGUGCAGCUGGCCAAGAAGCCGCGGCCGCAGCGAUUAAAAACAAGCCAUUGAUUGACGAAAUAAUGGCAAAGCGAGCCACUGUCCUCACCGAAAGAAAGAACGAACAAAUAGGUGCGAGUCUCGAUUCCUGA